CAUCUCGCCGGCGUGAAGAGCUGUACGAGAAGUACCAAGAGCUCAAGGCGGGCGGCAAGCUCGACUCAUUUAUGGCGAAGAAGAGGAAGAGAAAUGCAGCGAGGGAGCACACCAAGGACGACGAGGAAGAGGAGGAGGAAGACGGAGAGGAGGAUGAGGAGGAGGAGGACGAGGAGGAGUGCGACGAUCAGUCGCCCGUGGAGGAGGUCGCACUGACGGUGGCGACGUUUGACGACCCGUCGCUGCCGUGCCUGACGUGGCGCGUCGUAAUCAUUGGCAGUAUCGUGUGCGCGCUGCUCGCCUUCAUCAACCAAUAUUUCUGGUUCAGGUGCGGGCUGCUUCAGGUGGGCGCGGCUUCAGGUGGGGGCUGCUUCAGGACCCAGUCCAUCAUCAUCAACCCCAUCGCUGCUAUCAUCCUAUCUCUCUACAUGGGUCGCCUCUUAGCGAGGAUAGAGCGCCGCUUCAACCCCGAUGCACUCCCCUUCAGCGUCAAGGAGCAUGUGCUGAUCGGCAUUUUCGCCAACUGCGGUUCAGCCUUUGGCAACGGCAAUGCGUAUGCCAUUGACAUCGUGACCAUCAUGAAGCAAUUCUACGACGUUCAUUUGGCCUUCUUCCCGGCCUUUCUGCUCGUCACCACAACGCAAGUGCUUGGAUACGGGUGGGCGGGCAUGUUCAGACGGUACCUCGUGGAGCCGGCACACAUGUGGUGGCCCACAGACCUUGUCUAUGUCUCACUCUACCGAACCCUCCAUGAGUCAGACACGCCAGCGCGCGGCAUGCUGACACGGGCGCAUUUCUUCUUCCUCAUCACAGCUCUCUCCUUCUGCUGGUACCUCGUGCCCGGCUACCUCAUCCCCAUCGUCUCCUGCCUCUCCUGGGUCUGCUGGGUCUGGCCCGCCUCCAUCACCGCGCAGCAGCUCGGCUCAGGUCUGAGGGGCAUGGGUCUGGGCGCAAUCACGCUCGACUGGGCAACAAUGUCUGAGGGGCAUGGGUCUGGGUCUGAGGGGCAUGGGUCUGGGUCUGAGGGGCAUGGGUCUGGGUCUGAGGGGCAUGGGUCUGGGUCUGAGGGGCAUGGGUCUGGGUCUGAGGGGCAUGGGUCUGGGUCUGAGGGGCAUGGGUCUGGGUCUGAGGGGCAUGGGUCUGGGUCUGAGGGGCAUGGGUCUGGGUCUGAGGGGCAUGGGUCUGGGUCUGAGGGGCAUGGGUCUGGGUCUGAGGGGCAUGGGUCUGGGUCUGAGGGGCAUGGGUCUGGGUCUGAGGGGCAUGGGUCUGGGUCUGAGGGGCAUGGGUCUGGGUCUGAGGGGCAUGGGUCUGGGUCUGAGGGGCAUGGGUCUGGGUCUGAGGGGCAUGGGUCUGGGUCUGAGGGGCAUGGGUCUGGGUCUGAGGGGCAUGGGUCUGGGUCUGAGGGGCAUGGGUCUGGGUCUGAGGGGCAUGGGUCUGGGUCUGAGGGGCAUGGGUCUGGGUCUGAGGGGCAUGGGUCUGGGUCUGAGGGGCAUGGGUCUGGGUCUGAGGGGCAUGGGUCUGGGUCUGAGGGGCAUGGGUCUGGGUCUGAGGGGCAUGGGUCUGGGUCUGAGGGGCAUGGGUCUGGGUGCAAUCACGCUCGACUGGGCAACAAUGUCGGCCUUUCUCUCCUCGCCCUCCCACUCCUAAGAUCACUCGACACCCCCCUUUUUCUUUUUCCCCUCCCCUCCCCACCCAACCAGAUCACUCCACACCCCCCUUUUUCUUUUUCCCCUCCCCUCCCCACCCAACCAGGUCUGAGGGGCAUGGGUCUGGGUCUGAGGGGCAUGGGUCUGGGUGCAAUCACGCUCGACUGGGCAACAAUGUCGGCCUUUCUCUCCUCGCCCCUCGCCGCGCCCUGGUUCGCCAUCCUCAACGUUGGAAUCGGCUUCGCCCUUUUCGUCUACGUCCUCAUCCCCAUCUGCUACUGGGGCAACGUUUUCGCCGCCACCCGCUUCCCCUUCCUCUCCUCUGGAACCUACCAGUGGUCGGGGGAUCGAUACCCGGUGCAGGCGAUUAUCACGCCGGAUUUCCGGCUGAACGAGACGAUGUAUACGGAGCAGAAUCUGGCGCCGUAUAUAUCGGUGUUCUUUGCGCUGUGCUACGGGCUGGGGUUUGCCGCGCUGACUGCGACGGUGGUGCACGUGGCGCUGUGGUAUGGGCCGGAGAUCUAUCAACGGACGAUGAGUGCUGCCACGGAGGUGAAACCCGACGUGCACACGCGGCUCAUGCAGCGCUACCCCAAGGUGCCCUGGUGGUGGUUCCUGCUGCUGCUCCUCGCCAACAUCGCUGUCUGCAUCGCCUUCCUCGAACUCAACGCCUACUUCCAGCUGCCCUGGUGGGGCCUGCUGCUCUCCGCCGCCCUCUCCCUCUUCUUCACCCUGCCCAUCGGCAUAGUCACCGCCACAACCAAUCAGCAGCCGGGGCUCAAUAUAAUCACGGAGAUGAUCUGGGGGUAUAUUCGCCCCGGGGAGCCGAUAGGGAACGUGUGUUUCAAGACGUAUGGGUACAUUAGCAUGACGCAGGCCAUCGCCUUCUUGCAAGACUUCAAGCUCGGGCAUUACAUGAAGAUCCCACCACAAGCCAUGUUUCUGGUGCAGGUGUUCGCCACUAUCUUGGCAGGCCUUGUUAAUCUCGGCACGUCCUGGUGGCUUUACGACACCGUGGAGAAUGGGCUCAUCUGCAAGAUCAAUGACGAGAACUUCCCGGAGAAUUCCCCAUGGACGUGCCCGACAGCCAACGUGUUUUACUCCGCUUCAAUCAUCUGGGGGCUGAUCGGCCCCGAGCGCAUGUUUGGCCCCACAGCUUUCUACAACAACCUCAACUGGUGGUUCCUUGGAGGGGCGCUCGCUCCCAUCCCCUUCUGGGCCGCGCACAAGAUGUGGCCGCGCCAGGUGUGGUUGACCAAGGUGCAUAUCCCAGUGAUGCUCACGGGCGUGGGCAUGAUGCCGCCGGCUUCACCCAUCAACUACCUGGGCUGGCUCACCAUGGGCUUUAUCUUCAACAAGCUCAUCUUCACUUACCGAAAGGAUUGGUGGCGUCGCUACAACUACGUGCUGUUGAAACCCCUUCAGUUUCCCUCUCCUGGUGGGGUGCUGGUGUAA